GUGAGACAGGUCAGCCGCUGCGUCUCGAGUGGAAAGAGCUAGCUAUCCGUGAACAGCUAACGUUAACAAAACGUUUUCCUUAAAAGAAGGAGCCCUCUCCUUUGACUCAAGAAGACCAAACCUGCGACUAACCGUGUCCGCGAGAAAAUGAAGAGGCGGAUACACUUUGGUUUUGUGCUGGUUUUCUUGCUGGUUUCACAUUUCUCUUCGUGCUCGGCGUUUUAUCUUCCGGGUUUAGCCCCAGUGAGUUUCUGUGAAGAAGGCAAAGGUGGUGAAGAUUGUCAGACAGUGAUUCAGCUGUUCGUCAAUCGCUUGGAUUCCGUGGAGUCAGUCCUGCCUUAUGAGUAUGAUAUGUUUGACUUUUGCAAAGAUAUAAAUGAAAAGAGGCCUUCUGAGAACCUUGGACAGGUGCUGUUUGGUGAACGAAUUGAGUCUUCUCCGUACAAGUUCAACUUCAAACAAGAUGUGAAAUGUCAGGCUGUAUGCACAAAAGCAUACAAGAAAGGCAACCAGGAUGAUGCCACCAAACUAGAUUUUCUUAAGAUGGGAAUGCAGCUGAACUACCAACACCACUGGAUCAUUGACAACAUGCCGGUCACAUGGUGCUAUGAUGUGGAAGAUGGUCAGAAGUACUGCAAUCCUGGCUUUCCCAUCGGUUGCCUUGUUACCUCAGAUGGCAGAUCUAAAGAUGCUUGUGUUAUCAAUUCUGAGUUCAACAAGAAGAACACGUUUUACGUCUUCAACCAUGUAGACAUCAAGAUCACUUACCACAGUGGAGCAUCAGAAGGAUGGAGAGGAGCUCGACUGGUCGCUGCCACUCUGGAGCCAAAGAGUAUCAAGCACACGGACGAGAAAAGCCUAAAUUGUGAAGGAGGUGGCCCAAUGGAGGUCCCUGGAGACUUUGAUAGUGACGUGUCCAUAGUUUACAGCUACUCAGUCUCAUUUGAGGGAACAAAUUCUAUCAAGUGGGCAUCCAGGUGGGACUACAUCCUGGUCUCCAUGCCUCACACUAACAUCCAGUGGUUUAGCAUCAUGAACUCCUUGGUCAUUGUCCUCUUCCUGUCUGGUAUGGUUGCCAUGAUCAUGCUGAGAACUCUGCACAAGGACAUUGCCAGAUACAACCAGGUGGACCAGGAGGAUGCACAGGAGGAGUCGGGGUGGAAGCAGGUGCACGGAGAUGUGUUCCGUCCCCCCAGGAAAGGCAUGUUGCUGUCCGUGUUCCUCGGACAGGGAACCCAGAUCUUCAUCAUGACCUUCAUCACACUCUUCCUGGCUUGUCUGGGCUUCUUGUCACCGGCCAACAGAGGGGCUCUCAUGACGUGUGCUGUGGUCCUCUGGGUUCUGCUGGGCACCCCUGCUGGCUACGUGUCUGCUCGCCUUUACAAAACCUUUGGUGGUGAAAAAUGGAAGUCAAACGUCCUGCUGACAGCACUCCUGUGCCCAGGUAUUGUGUUUGCAGACUUCUUCCUCAUGAACCUGAUCCUUUGGGUGGAGGGUUCAUCAGCGGCAAUCCCCUUUGGUACCCUAGUGGCCAUUUUGGCCUUGUGGUUUGGAAUCUCUGUGCCGCUCACCUUCGUUGGUGCCUACUUUGGAUUCAAGAAAGCAGCCAUUGAGCAACCUGUGCGAACAAACCAGAUCCCCCGUCAGAUUCCAGAGCAGUCAUUCUUCACCAAGCCUAUCCCUGGUAUAGUGAUGGGAGGAAUCUUGCCCUUUGGUUGCAUCUUCAUCCAGCUUUUCUUCAUCCUGAACAGCAUUUGGUCUCAUCAGAUGUACUACAUGUUUGGUUUCCUAUUCCUGGUUUUCAUUAUUCUACUCAUCACCUGCUCUGAGGCCACCAUUCUGCUCUGCUACUUCCACCUAUGUGCUGAGGACUACCACUGGUGGUGGCGUUCCUUCCUGACCAGCGGCUUCACAGCAGUCUAUCUGUUCAUCUAUGCUGUGCAUUACUUCUUCUCAAAGCUACAAAUAAUUGGAGCCGCCAGCACCUUCCUCUACUUUGGAUACACUAUGAUCAUGGUCCUCAUCUUCUUCCUCUUCACAGGUACAAUUGGCUUCUUUGCUUGCUUCUGGUUUGUAAAUAAGAUCUACAGUGUGGUCAAGGUGGACUAAAGGACUGAGGGAAAGACUUAUCCUUGCUGUCACAGUACUGGCCUCCUCAGUGCUGGCUGUGUGAGAAAGUGGUUUGAACGGAGCUGAACUGAAACCAUCACUUAUCAUAGAAAAGAUCCGAAAAGCAGAGCCCGUCCUCGUUUGUGCUUUAAACCUAUGUUGCUAUAUUUUUCUUCUUUUUUUUUUCUUUAAAAAAAAUAUAUGUAUAAUUUUGUGUUCACUGUUGACCAGUAAUAUUUUUGAGUGGGACCUUGAACAUCAUUGUGGGUUCCUAGGAUUUAGUUGUCAUUGUGAACUUUGGUGGGUCUAGCAGGAAAAUCUGAAAUGUUUUUAUUUUAAUUUUCUAAAGAAAGUAAAAUGUUGUCUGUUUUGCUUUUCUAUUCCCUUAUGGCAAAAGGUUUUGUUUUUCAUUACCUGUAUUGUAAUGAUGAAAAAAAAUGUGUGUGUACAUAUAUUGUAUAGAGAGCGAACAAGCGAGAGAAUGCUACUUAAAGAUUGUCACCAUUAUGAAAGCUUCUGUAGUUUCUUUUCUUUCUUUUUUAGGUAAAGAUGGGGCUAUAAAUCCUUAAAUAUCAGCCUGUAUGUAGUUAAGAAAUGAUAUAAAACACUGACAUUGCUCUGA